UCCGGCCUCCCACGCCUUAUCCUAUUCUCCCAAUAUUUCCAUCACUAACCUUGGUUGGAUCAAACCCAACCAGGGAAGUGCCCCUCCCCCACUCUGAAAAGAGGAAAAAGAUUCCCAAGGCAACCACCUUCCGACCUCCUCCUCUCCCUCCCACCCAAUAUAACUUGGGACCGAAGGCCCUCUCUUGCUUCGAGAAAACACUUGAAUCAAAUUAACUCCCCACCUUUCCCUCUGUCAGCUUCCCAACCACCACCUUCCAAGCCAAAGUCUUGAGACCAUACUCUCCACCAAUGCCACCAGUAAUGGAGACGCCGGGGUUGGUGUCGUUGCUCCGGCACACCACCGAAGACCGUCGGACCAAGAUGGGCGGAGGGGGUAUCUUUCGGAUGUUCAAGCUGCUUCCCAUGCUUACCUCUGGUUGCAAGAUGGUUGCGCUCUUAGGCAGGCCAAGCAAAGGAUUGCUCUCCGACAAGGCUACCACCAUUACGUUAUUUGGAUAUAGGAGAGGAAGGGUGAGCUUAGCCAUUCAAGAAGACCCCAGGUCUCCACCCAUCUUUCUUAUAGAGCUCCCCAUGCUCACGAGCUCUCUCCACAAAGAAAUGGCAUCCGGAUUGGUGAAGAUUGCGCUCGAGAGCGAGACGAGGACCCACAAGAAGAAGCUCACGGAGGAAUACGUCUGGGCUGUUUACUGCAAUGGCCGGAAGUCGGGAUACUCGAUAAGGAGGAAGCAUACCUCCGACGACGAGCGACAUGUCAUGCAGCUUCUCAGGGGCGUCUCCAUGGGUGCAGGGGUCUUGCCAUGCGAGAAGGAGACGGCAGAGGGGGAGCUGACCUACAUGAGAGCCCGAUUCGAGAGGGUGGUGGGAUCGAAGGACUCCGAGGCGAUGUAUAUGAUCAACCCCGACGGCACCGGCGGGCCGGAGUUGAGCAUCUUUCUUGUGAGGGUCAAGUGAAAUUACUAUUGCUUUCUCUGCUUCUUGUGUGUACAUAGGUCUCUUUGUCUUUGUAGAGAAAAUUCUCUUCCAGUCCCUCUCUUCCAUCUUUUACUUGCUUUCUGCAACCUUUUAACUUUAUACAGACUGUGGAUAACUUGCCGGUUAUGAUGGAUGCCACAAUGGUGGUGGGAACUGCGGAGAGCAGUUGAAGACAGCCUACUAGUAUUCCCAUUUUGAAUAAUAUUUUAACAUUGAUUGGAUGA